UGUGCGCGAUACAAGAGAUGAAAUUCCCCAACACUUUGGAUUUCAACACCUACCGUGCGUACUUUUGUUCACGACACUUGUCACGUGACGAGAACCGGCAGGUGGAUGGCAUCAAUCUCGAGUGGGAUACGUGCAAUCCCGAGCCGCUGAAAACGCUAUGUCUGAACACUAUCGCGAACAACUGGCUGUCGGUUCCGUUUUUCCGACAGAUCCCACUUUGUGAGGAUAGACAUUUUCUGCUGGAUUUGCUGGAUCUGAAUUUUCCGCUGGAAAAUUUGUGCGCUAGGAUAAGGAGCGAUGCUUUCUGGAAACGUGCUUUCGUGAACAGAUGGAGAAACUACUAUCCGGUGAAUGUGGAUGGAAAGCCUUGGAUUCGUGUUUAUUUGGAACAGCACGUAAAGGAAACGUUGGAACGUAUGAAACCGAACGACUACGAUCAGGAGAGUGUUCAAAAGUUGGUAGAUCUGUGUUCACUGCAUGUGAAAGAACUAAAGUUGGAUCAGCUGCAGCCUUCGACCAACGACAACACGGAUCACAUCCCGCUAGAUUUAGUACUGUCGAAUUUGCGGGAGCUCCGAAAGGUUGAUAUUACAUACGAUGUGAAAAACGCUGGUCAUAAUUUCUACCUCGGAUGUGGAUCCAUCACGGAAAAGGACAUCAAAUUUAUGACGCAAGGCAUCGAACGGUGCUACGAGCUUACGGAAUUUCGUCUGCAUAGUACCAAACUGGAACCGAUGAUGAUGAGACGGCUGGCGGCUGCCAUGGACAAGGGAUGUCCAAAUUUAACUACGAUAGCAUUUCCACACUGCCGGUGCGGUGAUGUGGGUGUUCGGGCAUUCUUUGAUGCGCUUUCGCCCGAGUCGCUGCCGAACAUUAAGGAAGUGGUUCUCACGAACAAUUUUCUGUCUUCCGACAGCAUCAUCGACUUGGUGCACCUGUUUCGUCGACGACCGAUCGAGAAGAUAGACCUCCGCCUGAACCCGAUUCUCACCGAGGGUGCCAUCGGCGUGCUAACGAUGAUAUUCUAUCUACCGCUCAAAGAGCUCAAUCUAAGUUGCUGCUCAAUCGACGAGGAGGUCGAAGAGUAUCUGCUGAUGAUGUUGCGUUUCAAUACGAGUAUCAAAUUUUUGGAUUUCUCUUCCAACAAACUGGGACCUGCCAUGGGCGAACGGUUGAUGGAAAGGAUUUACGAAAAUAAAACAUUGCAACGGUUUGAUCUACGUAAUACGGAAAUAUCGGCGGACGUGCGCGCCAUAAUCGACGAGCUGGUAAUGGAGAACCGAGAUUCGCAUAGUUUGAGUGAUUGGUAGACGCGGAGACUCGGUUUUACGGAGUGUUUAAGUGAAUGGAUUCCAUGAUCGCUGAUGGCAUG